GCUCGGUGUGCCGGUAUGUGCCCGAUCCUCAGUUUUCGUGGAUGUUUCCCGUGGGAGAUGCUGCAGGACUGCCCGAAGGCCCGCAGGGAGGUGGAGCUGCACUGGAGGGCAUCGCAGUGCGCGCACAUCGUCCGCAUCAUGGACGUCUACGAGAACCUCUACCAGGGGAGGAAGUGUCUGCUCAUCGUCAUGGAGUGCUUGGAUGGCGGGGAGCUCUUCAGCCGAAUUCAAGACCGGGGAGACCAGGCCUUCACAGAACGGGAGGCUUCAGAGAUAAUGAAGAGCAUCGGGGAAGCCAUCCAGUACCUACACUCGAUCAACAUUGCACACCGGGACGUGAAGCCGGAAAACCUCUUGUACACCUCCAAAAGGCCCAAUGCUGUGUUAAAACUCACAGACUUUGGCUUUGCUAAAGAAACCACCACGCACAACUCCUUGGCCACUCCGUGCUACACGCCGUACUACGUGGCCCCGGAGGUGCUGGGCCCAGAGAAGUAUGACAAGUCCUGUGACAUGUGGUCCCUCGGCGUCAUCAUGUACAUUCUGCUGUGCGGGUACCCCCCCUUCUACUCCAACCACGGCCUGGCCAUCUCGCCCGGCAUGAAGAAGCGGAUCCGAAUGGGCCAGUACGAGUUUCCCAACCCUGAAUGGUCCGAAGUGUCGGAGGAAGUGAAGCAGCUGAUCCGCAACCUGCUGAAGACGGACCCGACCCAACGGAUGACGAUAACGGAGUUCAUGAAUCACCCCUGGAUCAUGCAAUCCAUGCAGGUGCCCCAGACCCCGCUGCACACCAGCCGCGUGCUGAAGGAGGAGAAGGAUCUGUGGGAGGAUGUGAAGGAGGAGAUGACGAGCGCGCUGGCCACCAUGCGCGUGGACUACGAACAAAUCAAGAUCAAGAAAAUCGAAGAUUCCUCAAACCCUUUGCUCAUGAAGAGGCGGAAGAAAGCCAACCCCACCGAGCCUGCCGCGCUCCCCCACUGAGGGUGCCCUGCGCCCGCCGGCCCUUGAGAAAGCAAUAACUAUAUAUAUAUAUUUUUUAAGAAAAAAGACAAAAAGAGACAGACUGUUAUAUCAAGCGCAUGGAAUUCAGACAUUUAUACCAGACUAGUUAUUUUUAGCUACUCACCUGUGUUUCUGACCUUUCCGGAGCAGGCGGUAAGAUCCCCCUGUCAGAUCCACACGCGCUGUGGCCGGGGGUUUUGUCCUGUAGGUGAACACCUCCAAUAAUUGGAUUAUUUUUUCUUUCGUGAAACAGUUUUGAUUUUUAUGUAUGUUUUUUUUUGUUGUUUUUUUUUUCUCCUUCCUUCCAAAGACAUGGAAAUUCCUGUGGUGACCUUUUUAGGGUAUAUAACGUAUAAAUAUUUUUUAAAAACUACUGUAGAGCUGAAACCCAGGCAGCGUGUUCCCUGCGUGGAUGCUGGCUAGGGAUGGGCUUCGGGCUUGGGAGUGAGUCG